UGACGUGCGCGAGUCAAAAUCUGGCGCGAGCGACCUCUCGUUGUCAUUGCAUUGAGCUGUUCAUUACGAGGUGCCGACACUUGGGAUUUAUCAGUUGGAAAACAUCAAAGUUUCGCCAUGGAAUAUCGUUUUCUCCUGCUACUUCUGAUCUCUCGUCUGCCACAUCUUGUGUUUUCACUUCAGGAAGGAGGAACCAAUGUUUGUCAAAAUGAGAAUCCAGACGGGACUACAGAUCUCUUCUGCUGUGCUGGUUGGCUGGAAAAGAGCGGCAGGUGCACCCGCAAAUGCCCUAAGAACAGAUGGGGUGUAGGUUGUACUAACACGUGUACCUGCCAGAAGAAAAAUGGCAAGUGCAACCGGGUGACUGGAAAAUGUUCGUGCAACAAGGGAUGGUCAGGGGCAACGUGCGAGGAGAUGUGCGAUUCUACACAUUAUGGCAGAAACUGUCUAAUGGACUGUAGCUGUGAGAACGGAGCCACCUGUAAUCGGUUCUCAGGUGCAUGUACCUGUACCGCUGGUUGGACUGGAAAGUCGUGUGAUCAAAGAUGUCCCAGGGAACGAUACGGAGUGGGAUGCCUACAAAGAUGCCGUUGCCAGAACAAUGCUGCUUGCGAUCCUGCUGAUGGAUCUUGUACUUGUCGCAGCGGUUUUACCGGUAGACUAUGUGAGCAAGAUUGUCUCUGUUCAGACGGAUCACCAUGUCAACCUGACGGCUCUUGCCCAUGUGGACCAGGUUGGACUGGACCUACAUGUGAGCAACCAUGUCCGCAGGGUACCUUCGGAAGCGGCUGUUCGCAGGAAUGCCAAUGUCAAAACGGAGGACAAUGUAAUCAAACAGAUGGAACAUGUACUUGUACAGCAGGUUGGACAGGAGAAAUUUGUGAUGAAAGCUGCCAGAAUGGGUAUUACGGACCUAACUGCAGAGAGGAGUGCGCUUGCUUGAACGGCGGGAGUUGCAGUGCUAUGAAUGGUUCAUGCUCUUGCGCACCAGGUUGGAUAGGAGAGACUUGUUCUGAGACGUGUCCAGGAAACUUCUUUGGCGAAGGUUGUCAGCAGGUUUGCCUUUGCGAGAAUGGAGCAGAGUGCAAUCCUGUGGACGGUCGCUGCAAUUGCAGUUCUGGGUGGAUUGGGGAAAUCUGCAAUGAAAUGUGUUCGCAGGGUUCAUACGGAGUUAACUGCGGAAAUAGAUGUAUGUGUGAAAAUGGGGCAGAGUGCAAUCAUGUCGACGGCACUUGUUCGUGCUUAGCAGGCUGGCAAGGGCAAUUCUGUUCUGAUUCCUGCGCUGAUGGCACAUUUGGAUUAAACUGUGAGAAUGAAUGUCAGUGCCUCAACGGUGGCAUGUGCCAUCAUGUACAUGGGUCAUGCACCUGCAGUAAUGGCUUUACUGGGGACACCUGUGAACAGCAAUGUCCCGAAGGAAGUUAUGGACGUGAUUGCUUAGAGCAGUGUCAGUGUCAUAAUGGGGCAACAUGUAACCACGUACAUGGCACCUGCAUUUGCACUGCUGGCUGGGAAGGGCAACAAUGUACCUCCCCUUGCGGAGCCGGAUAUUUUGGCUUACAAUGUCGAGAGAUUUGCGACUGUAAAAACAACGCUACAUGCAACCAUGUCGAUGGAAGUUGCUUGUGCCACCCUGGAUGGGUGGGCGAUCUGUGUGAAAAAGAAUGUCCAGAAGGCCUUUAUGGCAACCAGUGCUCGCUUCUUUGUGACUGUACAAGUGGUGGAUCUUGCCACCAUAUUGACGGCACAUGUAAUUGCUAUCCAGGUUGGACUGGCGUGACAUGCAGUUCACCUUGUGAAGGUGGAUUUUAUGGCCAAGACUGCCAAGAACCGUGUCAGUGCCAAAAUGGUGGCAUAUGCGAUCACAUUGAUGGAAUAUGUACUUGUGAAUCUGGAUGGACAGGGAUAGUUUGUUCAGAGAAGUGCCCAGUAGGAUCAUUCGGUGGCGAAUGCUUGCAACAGUGCCAGUGUGUUAAUGGAGGAACAUGUCACCACGUGAGCGGUGCUUGUUCCUGUCCUCCGGGAUGGCAGGGUUUGACCUGUGGUGAGCCCUGCAGCAAUAACUUCUAUGGACACGAUUGCCAGGAGCGCUGUCAAUGCCACAAUGGAGCUUCAUGUGAUAAUAUAGACGGGUCGUGUGCAUGCGGACCUGGUUGGAUUGGAGAAUUUUGCGAACAUGCGUGCUCGCAUGGACAUUUCGGGUCUGAAUGUUUAGAAGAAUGUCAGUGUACAAAUGGUGGAUCCUGCAGUCACAUUGAUGGGUCAUGUUCUUGUUCUCCGGGUUGGACUGGCCAGUUUUGCGAUGAAAGAUGCCGAGAAGGAUUGUUUGGUCACGAAUGCCAAGAAAUUUGUCAGUGUCAGAAUAAUGCAGAAUGCAAUCAUAUCAGCGGCGUGUGUAGUUGUGGACCAGGAUGGAUUGGAUCCGUAUGCGAUGAAAAGUGUGCUCAAGGUUUCUAUGGAGAAGGUUGUCGAGAGCGUUGCGCAUGUCAGAAUAACGCAUUAUGCAGUAACGUCGAUGGGUCAUGUACCUGUUCGCCAGGGUGGGUUGGUGAAAGCUGUAGUCAAAAGUGUCCAGAAGGAUUCUUUGGAAGUGCAUGUUUAGGACAGUGUCAGUGUGAAAACGGUGGAACGUGCCAUCACGUUGACAGUUCUUGUACCUGUACACCAGGAUGGGAUGGGCCUACAUGUGGAGACCAGUGUGGAGAGGGCCUCUAUGGCCAAAAUUGUCAAGAGGUAUGCUUGUGUCAGAAUAAUGGUUCUUGUCACCAUGUUAAUGGAAUCUGUACUUGCCAGGCUGGAUAUAUAGGGGCUAUGUGUGAAGAAACGUGCCCUUCUGGAUAUUAUGGACACAACUGUAUGGACUCAUGCACUUGUCAAAACAAUGCACAGUGUGACCCAAUGGAUGGUUCUUGUACUUGUUCUCCUGGAUGGAUGGGCUUGCGAUGUAAUGAAACAUGUCAGAACGGCUACUUUGGAAAUAUGUGUCAGGAACCCUGUGGCUGUCAAAACGACGCAGAAUGCAAUCAUAUAGAUGGGUCUUGUACUUGUCAACCAGGAUGGAAUGGGGAUCUCUGUGAUGAAAGAUGUUCUCCUGGAAACUAUGGUUACCAAUGUUCUCUAGUCUGCCAAUGUCAAAAUGGUGCCACAUGUCACCAUGUAGACGGUUCUUGCACAUGUUCAGCUGGCUGGAUGGGGGAGAUCUGCACCAUGCCUUGUCAAGAAGGCAGAUUUGGACCUAAUUGCACCGAACUCUGUCUCUGUGAUAUUAAUGGUCGUUGUAAUGCUGCUGAUGGGUCGUGUUCUUGUAAUCCUGGUUGGGAAGGAAGAUACUGUGAACGUCAAUGCACUCAGAAGUUCUUCGGACAUAAUUGUGCUGAGCAAUGUUUGUGCCAGCAUGGCGGUUCAUGUGAUCCAGUAGAUGGCUCAUGUCUUUGCACUGCCGGAUGGAGAGGUACUAUCUGCAGUGAAAACUGCCCAGAUGGGACAUACGGAAUCGGCUGUUCCGAGGUAUGCUCAUGCAACCAACGCGGUACCUGUGAUCCUGAAGUCGGAUGCAUGUGUCGUGGAGGAUGGUUAGGAAAGAAUUGCUCACUCUCCUGUCCUGAUGGCACCUUUGGUGUGAACUGUUCUUCGACAUGCAACUGCAGUGUGAACAGCAUAUGUGACAAUGAACUUGGCUGCUUCUGUAACCCUGGGUUUACUGGCCCUACCUGUGAGAAGCCAUGCGCAAAUGACACCUUUGGCCAAAAUUGCGCCCAUACCUGCGGAUGUAUGAACGGUGGAACCUGCGAUCCCAUCCUUGGAUGCAUUGAUUGUCUUCCAGGAUAUACAGGUCAAGGGUGUAAAGAUGAAUGCCAUGAUGGUACCUUUGGAAAGAACUGUCAAUCCACCUGUCCUGCUUGUCAAAAUGGCGGAAUGUGUCACCACAUCACCGGUUCAUGCGUCUGCACUGCUGGUUAUACAGGAAAAAGCUGUCAGGACACAUGCGAAGAUGGAUUCUUUGGCCUCAACUGCAGCUCGAUGUGUGACUGUCCACUGAUAGACUUCUGUGAUCACGAGACAGGGUAUUGUCCAGAUAUCAAUGUUGCUGCUGUGCAGACCGAAGAUCCAACAUUCAGGCAGGACCGACUGGGGGUAAUAGCUGGUAUAACCGUCGGGUCUGCUAUAGUCAUAUUAGUUGUUACAGCAGGAGUAAUCUACAUCCUUCGACGAUCGAAGGAUCGACCACCCCAAGCAGUAUACAGUGUUCCAAAGGCCACAGCAGCACGUUCUCAUAGAAUAGACAGUAAUGGUGAUAAACCAGAUGAAAUAAAUCAUAACUUAUUAGGUGUGCCGAGAUCGCAGUCGGAUUGGAAAUCGACCAUGUCCUCGCAGUCGUCAUCGAAUGGAGAUACGAUAGAGACUCGGCAACAGUUCUUGAAAGGAAGUGUUGAGGUCAUCAGCGUUCGGAUGCCAGAGGAUGACAUCGUCGAACGGGAAUCAAGCUUAUAAUAUCAAGCGAAUUAUGAUCUUCAAAACAUAGAACAAUUUUUUUUUUCAGUGAAAACCAAAAACGGAAACCAUGUGUAAAAUUUACACAUUAAAGUUCUUCUUAUAUAUUCAAGGCAAACUUGCUGCAGAAAGGAGUGUCAUGUGGGCACGGUGGAUGUUUCACAAAGCGAUUUGCAAAAAGUAACGAAAUACUUGCCAAUAUGGGGGCUGUUCCUUGAAUAAUGAAUGCCAUAUUGAUUGAUUCGCAAUUUAUUUUGAAUAGUUAUGUGCUCGCGUAACUUGGGACAGUUAGAUUAUGAUUUAUGUAGAUAACUAUUCCUUUCGUUUGCAUUUUCAGAGCAUGGACCAACAACAGUCCAUUGUCAGAGCAUUGCUCAUUCUCUUGCACAUUAUAUUCGACAACAUGGCCCUAGGAAGCGGGGUGCUGGGGGCAGUACCCCAAAGAUUUUUCAGGGGGUCCUGCGAAUGUUAUAAUUUUCCCUGACCAAGGAUCUCCAAUUCCAAAGUCUCGCGACCGUUAAAUUGAAGAAAGAUCAUUUUUUUUGGGGGGGGGGGUAUAACUAGGAUAUCAAGAUAUAAUCAUCUUAACAUGGUCUUUGAUGGGCUCAUGUAUCUUGGAAUAAUUCAUGGUAUCUAGGGCAACUCUUGAGUAGCAUUCUAAAUAUCAAGUCACUGCAACAGAUAGCCAUUCUGACAUUUGGCAGUGAUUUAAGUCAGGUUGACGUUUAAAAAGUCACAUCAUGUGACUGAAAUGUUUUGACCUACCGAUCAAUUUUUAAGUAUCCAGUGGGCCUAAUUUGAUGCGUUUAAAAGUGACACUUAUACAUUGCAAUUUUACAUCUAUUGCCUAAACAUAUGACGUGGCGCCCCUCCCCCGCCCUCCACCCCCUAAAAAAAAAUUACCACACGUCGGACGAUACCCUUUCAUAUUCGAUUGCUUUUCCCUCACAUUUUAAUUUUCAACCUAUAAUAUAAAAUGUUUUAAUUGAAAUGUUUAAUGGGGAACUAAGACACCCCUUUCCCAGCACUAUAAAUUUUAUACUUGACUGUCUCGAAAAUAUUUGUACGAUCGCGCUUGAUCUUGUCAACCAACUCUUAACGUUGUCCAAAUUCACAUAGUGUACAUUAUCUUGCCUUCAACCAGUUUGUCUACUUCCAUGACUUACCAGUUCGAGUAACUUCCAUUAGGCCUAGUAACAAAUUAAUCUACACUGUAAAAUUACCGGUGUUCUGUGAGAACAAAAUACCGUCAUGCGUUGACAAUACACGAUUGGGUUUGAAUAGCACACCAAAAUAGUGUUAGAAUAACGAACAGCAUGUGUUAUAUCAACACAGAGGUGUUGAACUAACACCUUGUUUUCAACACUGGUUUAAAAUGCUUGGUGUAGUCUCCUUUUAACUCGGUGGUGUUGCUUUUAAUACCACUCUUUUCGUAGUGUGUAUAUCCAUUUUGGCUAACUCCAUUCCUUCUACUGUACUUUGGUUCAUUUUCACUUCAGCCAAGACUACCUGGUAAUUACACACAAUUUGCCCCCAAUGAAGUGGUCAUGGGAAUCAGACUUACCAUCAAUUAGUCAAAAGAAAAGUGGAUGAACUUAGUAAGAAUUAGCCCGAAUGGUUUUUACACAUCUGGUAUUAAGACCGAGCACCGAGUUAUUUUAGACUAAGCGUGCGUGCAUUUAUAAACCGAUUUUGCUUUUCUAUACAAGUAGUGCAUUUGAUAUUAGGAUUAUCAAACAGAUGGUUGUAAAUAUUCAUUUUCUACUUUAUAUU